AUGUCAAGGAUCAAACCACAGAACCAAGGACCAAACCACAGAACCCGUCCCCAAGGACCAAACCACAGAACCCGUCCCCAAGUACCAAACCACAGAACCAAGGACCAAACCACAGAACCCGUCCCCAAGGACCAAACCACAGAACCCGUCCCCAAGGACCAAACCACAGAACCCGUCCCCAAGUACCAAACCACAGAACCCGUCCCCAAGGACCAAACCACAGAACCAAGGACCAAACCACAGAACCCGUCCCCAAGGACCAAACCACAGAACCCGUCCCCAAGCACCAAACCACAGAACCAAGGACCAAACCACAGAACCAACGACCAAACCACAGAACCCGUCCCCAAGAACCAAACCACAGAACCAAGGACCAAACCACAGAACCAAUCCCCAAGGACCAAACCACAGAACCAAGGACCAAACCACAGAACCAGGCCCCAAGGACCAAACCACAGAACCCGUCCCCAAGGACCAAACCACAGAACCAAGGACCAAACCACAGAACCAAUCCCCAAGGACCAAACCACAGAACCAAGGACCAAACCACAGAACCAGGCCCCAAGGACCAAACCACAGAACCCGUCCCCAAGGACCAAACCACAGAACCAAGGACCAAACCACAGAACCCGUCCCCAAGGACCAAACCAUAGAACCAAGGACCAAACCACAGAACCAGUCCCCAAGGACCAAACCAUAGAACCAAGGACCAAACCACAGAACCAAGGACCAAACCACAGAACCCGUCCCCAAGGACCAAACCACAGAACCAAGGACCAAACCACAGAACCAGUCCCCAAGGACCAAACCAUAGAACCAAGGACCAAACCACAGAACCAAGGACCAAACCACAGAACCCGUCCCCAAGAAUCAAACCACAGAACCAAGGACCAAACCACGGAACCCGUCCCCAAGGACCAAACCACAGAACCAAGGACCAAACCACGGAACCGUGCCUGA